AUGGCAUCUUCUGGAAACAGGCCUGGAAGGCCUGGGGGAAGGCGUGAGUUUCGACAAUUGCUGUCAGCAUUGAGAGAGCAGCACCCGGAUUCCGAUCCAGAGCCAGAAGUGCAGAACGUUGUACGUGCAAGGGAGGUGCUCAAGGAGGUGAGGCUCCAAAAGCUGGGCUCCAAGAAGGGUGUCGGCAUCGAUGAGGACGGUGCAUGGAUGCGAGUUUCCAAUUUGGCUGUGGGGUCUGAGCUUCAGCAAAGGCUCUUACGUGGUGUUCAUGAGUUGCAGCUUGCAAGGCAAAAAGCACUGACGAAGUUCCAAGAGCUGUACCGGAUGCUUUUCAAGACACGGCGCCCGGUUGCUAGCAUGGUUGCAGAGUCCAAGUCCUUGGAGGCUGAUCGCUUUGAGUUGGCUGCCGGCUUGCAGCAAGCUGCCUGCUUCCUCAUCCUUUUCAGUGCUUUCCUAAUUGGUGUCAUGCUGAUUCAUAUCGCUGCCAUGGUCCGUGUGGAUGGUUGCCCUUAUGUAGCAUUGCUGCUACAGAUCCGACGAAAGUAUGACGAAACACCAUCAAAGAUCUGUGUCAGCUUUCGCAAGAACGACAAGACAAAUGAGAAAGAACAGAAUGCAACUGCUAAGGUUAUGCAGUCUCGGAUCGAAAUGUCCGUUCUGCUUAAAGACACACGGACAGGGAAGUAUUGCUACAUGGACUGGCUGCUCCCGACCUGGUUGCAAGCAUUGGAUAGAACAACAGCACUCAACACGAAGAAGGUGCAGGAUGACUUACUGUCUGCCAUACCUGGCCUGCGAGAUUCGAGUAAGGCCUUUCGGCUGCUGGUGCAUCAAGUUUGCACCGACCGGUACUCGGCCAAUGUGGCUGCGGAAAACAUGAUGUCUGCGGAGCUUCCGCCGCAUGGAGCGACCUCGCAUUACUUUUGCGACGUUCAUAAAGUCGCCUUGAUAGAAGGCAGGUGCAUGCGAUUCGUGUCUGGGCACGUGUCUGCGCUGAUCAGUGCUGCCCUGGCGCUCAGCGAAAGUGGUUGCCUCCGGCGUCUGCGUAAAUCGCUCGAGGCCGUUCUCCAGCAGAAGCUGAAAGUUCGUGCAGGUGUGCCACCUCGAGACGACUACAAUGGCCGCUACAGAGAAGCUAUCCUAGAUGCUUUCCUUCCAGUUCCCCCGCGAGGCAGCAGGAAUGCAAAGAAGCUUGUGCAGAAGAAAAGAUGCAUUUUCUCGUAUUUCCUGAACGAUGACCUCCAGGACACAGACAGUGUAAGCUUUUGGACACCUCAUUGGUCGGUUUCGCGUGCUACCGUUCUGGAAGCAAUGACACGGCAUCUGAUCCCAGUUCUUCUUCCUCACAAGCCACCAAUGUUUUUCAGAUCCAAAUGGACUGGCUUCGAACAUUCUUACGAGUAUUUUGGCCUGCUCGCGCUGACCCACGGGCUUCUUCGAGACAUCGUUGCUCAUUUUUUCACAGCUGAGGUGCCUGCUGCACCCUCUGCAGCAGGGACUGCCGAUGCCCAGGCAGUCGCUGAUGAUCCAGGUGACGAUGAAGUUGGAGAUGGGGCAAAUGCCCAGGCUGGAGAUGUAAAGGACGACCCCCAGCUUCAGGCGUUGACGGGCGACAUAGACUGGAAAGUCUUGAACAUCAGAAUGCGUGAGAGAUUCCGCCUAUGGGUCGAGUCGAGCCCGGGCGCGGUCCUGCUCCUGAUGGCAUUGGUGCUGCGGCCACUGCUAAACCUAGUGCAUCGCCUUUUGACAAAGAGCUCAAAGCUCUGGGAGUCAGAAGAGCGGGCGAAGCAGGCGAGAGGCCAGCCACGCACCUAUGCGGUGCUGGAAGCUGCUCGUGGGACGGAUCUCAGAUGCUAUCGCACAGAAGCAGACCGUGUGUUCAACACCGAAAUCAUCGGCAUCCAUCGCUCAGAUUUUCUGCUGAAACACCAGGCACUGGCAUUCCGGAUGUUAUCUUCGACUACCUGCGGGGCUGAGUUUUACUUGGGCACAUCCUGGAGAUCCUUCCCUGUCCAGAUCUUUCAGUGCCUCGAUGGUGGGAAGGGUUUGGGGGCAGUGAAAAAGUGCUUGCUCUGCCCACUUUCAAGGCUGCUUCUCGAGCACUUCCCUGCUGAGGACGAACUGUCACCGUCCGCUGAUUUCAUGCAUGUCGUGCGAGCCCUGGCCUGCAAAUUCAGCCUAGAUAUCUCUGAUCUUGAAUCGAGACAUGCGACCACAAGGCGAAUUCACACAAUUCGUUCUGUGCAAGCAAAGCGGUCCCAGCUGACAAUGGUGUCUGCAGAUUGGGCGUGCAGAACCAAUGCCACAAACCGUUCGGAAGUUCUGAUGCAAGAGACCGAGUGCCAGACAAAGAGCAAGGAAAAGGUCGACGACAAGCAGGGGUUUCACCGUGCGAAUCCUUGGUAUGCCUUUGUGAGCGACGAGUGCGAAGGGAAGAUCGCCAGUGCAGGUGUCAACAUGAAAAGCCUCAGCCAGAAAUUCCGGUCUUUGGAUUCCGACACGAAGGACCGCUAUACAGAGAGAGCUGCGAUGUCCAAGCUUGCUGCUGAACGGAACUUGAAGGCCCCAGCCGAGCGUGUGCGAAGUACUAGCAGCAAUGCUUUAGUUGCUGCAGACGCUGUGGAGCAAGACUUGCAACAUUCAUUGGACCUUGUGAAACAGGAUAUCAGUCAACAGGACUCGGAGUUGAAGCAGCAUGAAGAAUCUGUGAGAACUGCUCUGCUGGCGUACAAGGAUGAAUCAGUUGUGUUCGAUGACAUCGUUUCGGAGUGUGUGUUUUUGCAAGAGCCCUCCUUUCCAGCUCUUGUUGGCCUCGAUGGCAGAACUCUGCACAUUCGAGCAGAUGAUUUUGGAGAGGUUCUUUUGAGUCGGGGUGAGCGAAGCCAAGUAAGAGCUGCUUUGCGUACAGAAUGGGAGCGACUUCACAAUCUUUACAUCCACGAUGAGCAAGCAGAAUCAUUCAUAGUGCUUCGCUUGACCCACACCAAGAUUUCUGCCGACGACAGUGCUUUUGGCUUUCUAGAUCGUUCUUGGUCGGAGAUGGCCCUGCGAGCGUUGGGUUCCACGGCCGAAGCAGAUGACGAAACAACGAUGUGGUUGCAUGUGGGCCAUACGAAUUUAAGCACAUGGAGAAUGGCUUUUCUGGAGCUGGAACCUGAUCAGGAGCCACGAACAGAUGGCUUGCAGCGCUUGAACGUCAGUCGGCCUUACAAAGCUGCGGAAUCCUUGAUUCAUUUCGCCAACGGAUUGAAUUUCAAUCUGAGCUGGACUGUCACAGCCUUUGUCAUGGUGUCCGAUGACCGUUGGCUGACUGUGCCGGAGAUGGUUCCGAACUGGGUUCUGGUUCGAGAGCUGGAGUCGGUGCCCAGUUUUUGCGUUUGGCAGGGUUGGGAGCUUGAACAGGAAAAAAUCAAAGCAGAAGCUCUUGCCAAAGAACAGGGUCGCAAGAGAGGAGGGCGUGCCACCUCAGAGCCCCAAGCAAAACGUGCAAGAGGCCUUCCUGUUGGUGCCAGUGCUGCCAGCGGUGCUGCAACUUUGGAAGGUGCGGUUGAGGCCGAGGCACCUGUGGCUGAGGAAGCUGCCGAGCAACCCGAAGGCGGCCUUGGCGGACUGUUUGAGUCCCGUGAGCCUGAUUUCUUGGAGGAGUCGCUUCAGGAUCCCCAAGUGGAAGAAGAUGCCAGGCGAGCUGAGCUGGAACGGCAAGACGAGCUUCUCAAAGACUUCAUUGAGGGUCGUGCUAGUGACUGCGAGGACAAGCCAAGUGAAUCUGGCUCUGAUGAGGAUGAUGUCCUGGCUCAGCUCGAAGCAUUCUUUGAGGAAGGUGAGACAACAGAGGCUGCAAGUGCAGCCCACCCCCGGCACGAACCUGGACCAGGAACUGAAGUCGCUUCUGGGCCCGAUGCUGGGAUUGCUGAGCCAGCCUCUGGCUCCGGCAACGUGGAGACUGUCGCACGUCGACGACCACAGCCAACCACAGUUGUGGUGCUACCGGGCCUUGGUGAGAUCAGGUACAACACCGAGCAGCGCAAUUUCGUUGCAGUUUGCAAAAAGCCCGAGCAUGCAUCUUCCGAGGAAGCUGAGUGCAAGAAAACAAGAACUGUCAAUCCCACCAAGCGUGGGUUUGCCAAUCCAGGCCAGGGCAGGCCCUUGGGCCUUUUGGUUGCUUGGUUGCGGCAAGCAAGUGACUGUGCGUGUUCCAAAGAUCACAAGGAUGGCAUUGUCAAGGUGACAAAAGCUGACCGAAAGGCUGCCAGGCAGUUCUUCUAUGAGAAUUGUGCAGGGGCCAGAAGCAUCGCUGAAUAUGAGCGUGCAAAGGACGAUGGCGAAUCGUCUGAGCCAGAGGUCAUCAAGUGA